AUGGGUCGUAAGCGAAAAUACUUUACUGCUGAAGAACGAGUUGCUGCAAACAGAGCAAAGAGCAAGAAACAUUAUGAGAAGGCAAAAGAGCAGAUUAACAAGAAGAAACGAAGGCAGUACAAACAAGUUCAGAGACAAAACCUCAAUCUGCGCAGGUCUAGCCAAGAGAACCUGAACAGAAAAACUCAACAACUGCCUGAACCAAAGCCAGUCAAGACACCCGUUCAAGUUUGGGUGGAUCAGGCCCAGCGCCUCAAACGACGCUUCAAUGAAUACAUCUUGUCAGACCCAAUAGCCUUCACAGCCAAGCAAUGCGCACAGUAUCUUGCGCAGAAAAAUAUCAAGAGCAUUGCCGAUUGCAAUUCUGUGCUAGACCACUACCAAGAACGAAUCCACCGUUACCAAAAUAGUGUGUACGGGUUGACGGGUCUUGGACCAGAGUAUAAUCAAUUGAAGACCAUUGCCCUCGAAGUUGAUAAUGUGCAUCGAUGGGUAGAGGAAAUUCAUAUGGCUGCCCUUAUUGGCUAUGAUGAAGUCAAAUCUAUGUAUGCCAGGAUGUCAUUUGAGUUCCAGACAGAUCUCAAGUAA